UGUGACUGUAACAUGAGAUCCGCUCCCAAAGAAAGAAAUCACCAACGCAAAAGACAACGAAUAUCUGAGAGAUUCCAUUCACAUGACACACUCCAGGACAGGUGACAACGAAAGAAUGCUACUGUCUAAAUCACUCGGAGAAUAAGCAUUUGCAGAUUCUUCUGACGAUAUCACUAAACUGACGGAGAAACACGCUGGUUGAAAAUGCCCUUUUUUCAAGAUCGACAGACACAAACUGGAGAUGGCCCAGCAGAACAUCUACCUCGACCACCGCUAACCAAAGCACAGAAAGCUCGCAUUGCGGCAGCCAUAACUGGAAUUACUCUUGGGUUGACAGCAACUAUAGUCAUCAGUGUCGUCAUACCUGGUCUUGGGUUUGCAGCUGGUGGUAUCGUCGCAGGUUCAGUGGCAGCGUCUUCGAUGUCCUCAGCCGCAAUUGCCAGUGGAGGGGGCGUUGCUGCAGGAAGUACCGUAGCAGUCCUCCAGGCCAUAGGAGCUGGUGGGGCUGCCACCGCUGCUUCAGCCGCUGCAGGAACAACGGCUGGUGCUCUUACUGUAAGCCAGAUAGUCGAAGGUGUCAUCAGGUUCAAGAAAGGGCGGAAAGACGUCUCAACAAGCGAAGCAGAGAUAGUCGAAGGUGUCAUCAGGUUCAAGAAAAGGCGGAAAGACGUCUCAACAAGCGAAGCAGAGACUCAAACUGACAGUGACUAAAGAGCAGAUUGCCUGCAUAAAUCUAGUUGAAGUGAAUCAAAAUAGCAAUAAAAACAAAACUCGAUCCCCCUUAUCUCUAUAGACAGGGUGAGGGGAUCAGUUUUUCAUUACCUUUAUGGAAACUACAACGUAUUUUUUUUUAAAUUGGCCGCUAAGCCAUGUUGCCAUUGAAGUUCGAUUUGAUUUGUUUUAUUUUUUGUCUUCUGCAACAUUCUUAUAAAAUACAAUUUUCAUUACGCAACAAACACAAUAUACCGGUAAUUGAUUUCGGUAUGAAUCAUAAAGAAAAAAACUAAAUAAAAAAAGUCAUUCUAAACAAACAUGAUCUACUACCCCCCGCCAAAAAAAAAAUACAGUUUGCAAGAGACUAAAAGCAGAUUACUUGAAAAAAUGACAACCCCGGAAUAAAACUCAUUAAAUUAAUAAAUUCAUUAAUAAAGCAGAAUGGAAAUGUUAUUUUGUCAUUAAUUUUAUAAUGAUGAACAUGGAGAUGAUAAGAAUGAGGAUGAUGGUGACAAUGGUGAAAAUGAAGGCCAUGAUGGAGAUUGUGAUGGUCAUGGGAGAUAAUUUGGUGAUAAAGUGAUUUUAUGAUUAACUGAAACACUGACACAGAAAACUUACUUCAAAUAUUCUGAUAAUAAAAUUGAUUUAAUAUUUGCCUUAAAUGAGUAAAGAGAUGAAAUUUUUUCGAUAGACUCGGGUAGAGGGUUCCAUAAAUCGGGACCGUGUUGUCUUAUUGAUCUCUGUGCAUAAGCAAGUUAGGGAUGAUUGGGUGAGAACUUGAAGAGUUCCGUGUAGGGUAUGAAUGAAUAAAUGUGUUUAGUGUAUAAAAUGAAGAUGGAAGCAUGUUAUUUACGUACUUGAACAUCAGCAGUAAACUCUGUGAAGUGAAUUUAUGUCAAAUACUGUUAGAGUCUUUAGUUUAUGGAAUAAUGAGUUUGUGUGUGCUAAAUAAAUACUGCAAAUCAGUAUAAAUACGAAUAGCCUUUUUUCUGUAAUAGAUAUAUUGCAUUAAUUUUGUUUUUGCACACGUUUCCAAAACUAUAUUGCAGUACGAUAUAUAGGGUAAAAUUGAUGAAUUGUAUAGUGCGACAAGGGUAGUUUGUAGAAUAAUAUUUUUCAUUUUGAAAAGUACACCGACAUUUCUCGAGAUAUGCAACGUACGUGUUCGUUCCAAUUUAAAUUCUCAUCUAUUGUAACACCUAUUGUAAUGAUUUUGUAUCAUUUUGUCUUUUCAGAGGAGUAUUGUCUAUGAUUAUAUUGUAAGGAAAUUCAGCAAUAUGUGAAUUUGUAUGUUUGAAAUACAUAAACUUUGUUAUAUAUAUAUAUAUACAUGUAUAUCAAGUGAAAGUUUAUUACACUUAAAGCAUAUAGUUUUGGUAAUUCACUAUUAAUUUUAUACAUUAAAGUUUCUGAACUAUUAUGUGAACAAAAUAUGUUUGUGUCAUCUGCAAAAAAUACUAAUGAUAACAAAGGCGUUACAUAAGUCAAAUCAUUGAUAUAUAUUAAGAAAAGCAAGGGGGCCAAGAUCGAUCCUUGUGGAAUUCCACAUUUUAUUGAUUGAAGGUCAGAAGAAAUAUUGUUAAUUACAUUUCUUUUUUAUCUGAUAAACUCUCAAACUAUGAUAAUGCGAUUAAUCUAACAUCAGUAUAACAUCAAAUGACUCCGGAAAAAUGGGAGGUUCAUUCACCAAAAGUCAAUGAUUCGUACAAAUAGGACAAAAUACGUGAUAAUUACGUGGCAAAUGAGGGUAUACCUCGCAGGUAACUUCUUCUUUGAUUAUAUAGGAUUUAUCAUUUCUCUACCGCAAUAAUAACAACUUUAUUUGCUUAAAAAUUGCAUGCUGGCUGAUACUACUAGUCGAUUGGAAUAAAUUGAACAGAAU